AUGGCUCCCCUUGCCAACCAAAAGACCUACAAGCUCUACAACGGCGUCACCAUCCCCGCCGUGGGCUUCGGCACCUUCGCCAGUGAGGGCGCAUCCGGCGAGACGUACGCCGCCGUAACCACCGCACUCAAGACGGGCUACCGCCACCUCGACUGCGCCUGGUUUUACCAGAACGAGGAGGAGGUCGGCGCCGCCGUGCGCGAUUUCCUCAAGGAGAACCCCAGCGUCACCCGCAAAGAUCUCUUCAUCUGCACAAAAGUCUGGAACCACCUCCACGAGCCCGAUCAAGUCAAAUGGAGCUUCAACAGCAGCUUGACCAAGCUGGGCAUGGACUACAUUGACGCCUUCCUCGUCCACUGGCCCAUUGCCGCCGAGAGCGACGACAACCACAUGCCCAAGAUCGGCGCCGACGGCAAAUACAUCAUCAAGAAGGACCUCACAGAGAACCCCGAGCCCACAUGGCACGCCAUGGAGGAGAUCUACGAGUCCGGCAAGGCCAAAUCCAUCGGCGUCUCCAACUGGACCAUCGACGGCCUCAAGAAGCUCCUCAGCUUCGCAAAGGUCAAGCCCAUGAUGAACCAAAUCGAAAUCCACCCUUUCCUGCCCAACUCAGACCUCGUCAAGUUCUGCCAGGACAACGACAUCCUCGUCUCGGCCUACUCACCCCUCGGCUCCCAGAACCAAGUCCCCAGCACGGGUGAGAAGGUGCGUACAAACGCCAAGCUCAACGAGGUUGCCCAGCGCAGCGGCUACGACCUAGCUCAGGUCCUGCUGGCCUGGGGUCUGCAGCGCGGCUACGUCGUCCUGCCCAAGAGCUCCACCCCCUCGCGCAUCCAGAGCAACUGGAACAUUCCCGAGCUCAGCAAAGAGGACUUUGACGCUGUCGAGGAGGUUGCAAGGGGCAGGCACACGCGCUUUGUUAAUAUGAAGGAUACCUUUGGCUACGACGUCUGGCCUGAGGAGACCGAUGGUGGAGAGCUCAAGAAGUAA